AUGACCCUCGGAUUCCACAUUGUGGACAGUUACAACGAUGAGAAAACUUUCUAUCACAGUGUUUUGCAGCUUCUCUUCAAAUCCCAGCAAUUUGCCUUGAAUUACAAUUGCAACUCUAAGAAGAAUGUAAUAGCCAUGAUUGCAGGAUUAAAUUCUGAUAUUUCCUUCCAAGUGGCAAACAUCUUAACUCUUUACAAAGUUCCACAGCUCGCCUACGGAUCUUUUGCCUCUGAAAGGAGAGAAGGAUCCAACCCUUCCUUCUUCCGUAUGGCCCUUGGCGAAGACCACCAGGUUCAAGGCAUCUUUUAUCUGCUAAGGAAUUUUGGAUGGACCUGGAUUGGCCUCUUCGCUCAGGAUAGCGAUGGUGCAGAACAUUUCCUGUUCUCCUUGGAGGCCCUGUUCCCCCAGAAUGGAAUCUGCUCCGCUUUCACUCAAAUAAUUCCACAGCAACAUUUAGAAAAUAUAAACAGUUGGAAUAAACUUGCUGAGCUGGUUGAAAAACUUAAGCUCCAUUUUACAGAGAGUAAAGCAAGUACCUUCAUCAUCUAUGGAGAUACGUCAACCCUAUUGUACGUGGCUUCUUUACUAGUUCAGGUAUAUGAUGAAUGCAAUGAAAAGGCAUGUGGGGGAAAGGUGUGGAUUAUGACAGACCAGGUAGAUUUCUCUGAAGAGCUGAUUGACAACAUUCAUAUGUUCCAAGGAGCUCUUUCUUUCAUGCUUCAUUCCAGUGAGAUUAAGGCAUUUCGGGCAUUUCUCCACCUCCUCAGAACAAAGGUUAAUAAUCUGGAAGAUUUUUGGAACCAAGACCUCAAAUGUCUCUUUUCAACUUCAGAUCAAGUGGGAAAGAAAAAGUGUACCAGAGAGGAGAGUUUUCAGUCCAUCCCUACCUCACAUUUUGAAAUGACCAUGAAUGGGCACAGCUACAGUAUCUACAAUGGAGUUCAUGCUGUGGCCCACGCUCUGCAAUCUGUAGGUUCCGCUCGAGCCAACUCUAGGACAACACGGGAAAGAAAAAGGCUUCAGCCUUGGCAGGUGGCUCCUCAUUCAGUGUGCAAUGAGCAUUGCCAACCAGGUUAUCAGAAGAAGAAGAAGGAAGGGAAGAAAUUUUGUUGUUAUGACUGUGCUUCUUGCCCAGAAGAAAAGAUUUCAGACAAGAAAGGUUUCCUCUGCCCUUUGCUCUUUCUUGGCCAGCCAAUGAGAGUCACAUGUCUUCUGCGACAGCCCACUUUUGGCAUGACCUUCUCAAUGGCCAUUUCUUGUGUCUUGGCUAAAACCGUCACUGGGGUGGUGGCUUUCAUGGCUACUAGGCCAGGAUCCAACAUGAGGAAAUGGGUGGGGAAAAGACUACCCAACUCCAUUGUACUCUGCUGUUUCCUCAUUCAAGCAAUUCUUUGUGUUGGGUGGAUGACAAUAUUUCCCCCAUUCCCAGAUCUGGACAAAUAUUCGUUCACCAAACGUAUCAUAGCUGAAUGCAAUGAGGAACCCAUUGUGAUAUUUUUCCUUGUCUUGGGGUACAUGGGGCUUCUUUCCAUCAUCAGCUUCAUGGUGGCCUUCCUAGCCAGGAACCUUCCAGAGAGUUUCAAUGAAGCCAAGUUCAUCACCUUCAGCAUGUUGGUGUUUUGCAACAUUUGGUUAGCUUUCCUUCCAGCCUACCUGAGCACCAAAGGGAAAGAGAAGCUAGCUGUGGAGAUCUUCUCCAUCUUGGCCUCCAGUGCUGGUUUACUCAGUUGCAUCUUUGUCCCCAAAUGUUAUAUUAUUUUGUUCAAACCAGAGUUGAACAGCAAAGAACAGCUGACAAAGAGAAAGAAUUAG